AUGUUCCGAUUAGGUGGACAUAUUGAGUGCUUCAAAAGUCAUAUAGUACAUGUGAGAAUUAGAACGGCCUACGGUGAAGUGAUUAUCAUGAAAAUUCAGACUAAACCUGUGAUCACAAACGGUUUUCCAAGUGUAAACCUAAGCCCAGCUGACAUCGAAUUUCUGGAAGAAGUCAAUAUUUGUCUGGCAAACACAAAGCUUAGAGGGGAACACCUCAUAUUUGGUUUUAUUUUACAUAUUUUAGUAGGACUAGACUUCUAUCAUGAUCUAGUAACUGGUCCUUAUCACUUAGUAGAGACCCACAGCGGUCUACAUAUCACAAAAACCGUAUUCGGACCUGCGAUUUACGGAAAAGGAGUUGUUGAUGCAGAGGACAAGAAAGAUAAUCUGUGCUACGGACCUACUGCUGUACACGAAAACAGCGAACAAGACACAAUUCUCAACACCAGACCGCCUAAAAAAUGUGAUACUGAUGUCAUCACAAAACUUCUUCCACUUCCCAUUGAUUUAUUGCAAGAACACAUUAUAUAUUCUAACCCAAAUGGAAGUGCAUUGCAUGAACAAAUAGAUCAAGAACAUGAUCCAACGCUCAUUGAAACAGAAAAACAAGCGUUUGAAGAGGAAAUAAUUAGACAAAAUUGGCCGUACGGCAAAGUAAUGGAGGUCAUGACUUCUGCUGAUGGCCUAAUAAGGUCAGCAAAACUCAUGCCAAAUCAGAGGAUCAUUCAACGUUCACUCAACAAAAUUUUCCAUCUAGAAAUACGAAGCUGCGCAAAAGUUCAGAACCAGAACAGCGACGAUACAGUCUUUGAGGAACCUUCAACAAGCAAGAAAAGACAUAACUUGACUCUCGCAUCAAAGCAGGCCUUGGCCACAAAUUCUUGCUUUGCUCUUCCAGAAGACCGCAGUCGCCCACGAAGCGGCCAUACAAGAAGUAAGCACUAUCUCAACGCCAACCGUCAUCGUCAUCAGCAAGUCACCGGCCGUCAUCAACGCACCUGCAUCAGGUCGAACUCUCAAGCCAUCAUCAGCAAUUCACUAUCGAGAAGCCACUUCAACGUCAACCCAUCACCCACACCACUCCACAAACUCCGCAACAGUCGAGCCGUACGAAAGAAAAGAUUUGUCGAACUAGAAUUUGUUGUCGUAAUUUAUUAA